ACUCCGUACAUAACGUGUAAUACAAGCUGAGCUACACAUUCUCAAAUUCUCUAGCACCGAACUCCAAUGCGAGUAAGGUUAACUACUAAGGUAAACGGAAAAAAAUGGCGCCAAAGGCUAGGAAAAAAUCUCCACCGUCCGACCCCAACGGGAUGUUCUCCGGUAUGGUCGUCUUCUUAAUCGAAACCGCCAUUCAAGCUCGUCGGCUACAGAUUUGGAAGCAAAAAUUGGUGCAAAUGGGGGCUCAAAUCGAGGAAACUUUUUCCAAGAGAGUUAACCACAUUUUUGCGGCGGAUUCCAACUCGCUUUGGCAAAAGAUGGAAGGCAAAAGCUUAAAAGGCUUCAAAGGAAAAGUUCUCAACUAUCAAUGGCUGGAGGACAGCCUGAGAAUAGGAGAGAAAGCAUCCGAAAACCUUUACAUAAUAUCAUCCGACACCCGAGGAAUUAUUAAAAGCGAAGUCACUGAGGAGAAGAAUCAUCUGGGACAUAUCAAUCCAAAUCAUUUGAGUACAGAAGAUCAACAUCCGCAAAAGAAGAUUAAACCCUCUCCAGAGGACUCCAAAACUACUGGAUUAGAACGAGAAGACAACGUAUCAGUCAAUGCCAGCGGGUCAUCUCGCUCGCCUAGCUCUUUUGGCCCAGAAGUCGCAAGUCCAAGCUCGGACAGUCUAAAUACAGCUGACUCAUUAUCUGAAGCAUCAUUGCUGUACAGCCCUCCAGAUCUGAACAGGAAUAUAACUGAGAUAUUUGGAAAGCUUAUCAAUAUAUACAGAGCCCUGGGUGAUGACCGCAGGUCUUUUAGCUAUUAUAAGGCUAUCCCAGUUAUCGAAAAACUGCCUUUUAAAAUUGAAAGUGGUGACCAAGUAAAAGAUCUACCUGGUAUUGGAAAGUCAUUGCAGGACCAUAUUCAGGAAAUUGUAAACACUGGGAAGCUUUCCAAGUUGGAGCACUUUGAGAAGGACGAAAAGGUACGCACAAUCACUUUGUUUGGAGAAGUAUGGGGAAUUGGACCUGCCACAGCAGUGAAACUUUAUGAGAAAGGAUACAGGACCCUUGAUGAUUUGAAAAAUGAGGAAUCAUUAACAAAUUCUCAGAAGUUGGGCUUAAAAUACUUUGAUGACAUCAGGACGAGAAUUCCCCGCCAUGAGGUCCAAGAAAUGGAAAGUCUUAUACAGAAAGUUGGAGAAGAGAUUUUGCCUGGGGUAGUAAUCGUUUGUGGAGGAUCAUACAGACGUGGAAAGGCUUCUUGCGGGGACAUGGACAUUGUGAUUACACACCCUGAUGCCACAAGUCCAGUGAACAGAGAGACGGCGGCGGCAGCGAUGACGAUUGCUUUGCCACCAGAACUUGCUGCGUGCAUCACGCAUAAGGGGGGCUGUGAGAACCCGAACUUCCACGUCGACGGCGUGUGGGACGUGGCGCUGUGCGUGCUGCCGCUGUUCCGGGUGUUCUCGCUGGUGAUGGCACUCUUGCGAAGAGUACGGGGCCGGCUGCCGGCGGGAAGUACAACCUCUGAUUGGGGCGAGGAAGAGGCGGCGGGAAGAGCCAUUCGAUCUGGGCGAGGAAGAGGCGGCGGGAGUCAUAUUGGAUUUCUUCCAAAGUUGGUGAAGGGUCUCAAACAUAUGGGCUUCUUGAGAGAGGAUCUGGUCUUUAGUGUACACAGUGAGGAGGGUACUGACUCUGGUGUGGAUACGUAUUUUGGUCUUUGCACUUAUCCUGGUCGAGAGUUACGGCAUCGCAUCGAUUUCAAGGUUUAUCCAAGGGAUAUUUAUGCUUUUGGAUUGAUAGCAUGGACAGGGAACGAUGUUCUUAACAGAAGGCUUAGAUUAUUAGCAGAGUCUAAGGGCUUCAGACUUGACGACACGGGUCUUUUCCCUGCCACCCUUGGUUCAGGUGGCAAACGGGGAAGCAAAAGCAGUGCAAGUUUGAAGUUUGGAUCUGAGAAGGAGGUGUUUGACUUCCUUGGGUUCCCAUGGCUCGAGCCUAACCAAAGGAACUUGUGAAAGCUAGAAGUUAGUCGUAGUUUAAGGUUGGUUGCUAGUUACCCCAUUACUUGUCUGCUUCUCUUCGUAGAAAUGGGGAGAUGAGCUGGGUUGUGUGUGUGUGUGUUUUUUUUCAUGGUGUAAAUAAGUUGUAAAUAUGUGGGUUAUACCAUGUGUGGUUGUAAUGGUUCAAACUAUUAAUAAAUCAUAUGACGUAUUUUGGAUUGAUUACUAAAAU